GACUGUACAUUCAUAGCUUUCAAUGUUCAGCCAAAUAAGCCACGGAAAACAUGUUAGUGUUGGCCCCCAGACCUUGCCGCCCUGGGUAUGGAGCCAUGUUGCUCACACCGGAACCAUGAGACCCAGAAGGUUUAAUCCCUGUAGAACUCUGUUCUUUUUGACUGAAGUAGGUGAUUCAAGUUCUUCAGAAGAACAUGUUUUGCGCUGAGCUGAGCUUUAGGUGGUGACUCAGUUAUAAAACGCUGUGAAAUGUCUUUAAUGUGGUUCAGUCAGCUGUGGACAGAAGUGUCUCUGUGGCUGGAUAAGCUUGGCGGAGGGUCCGUUCGUUUUUAGAGGUUGAACGUGUUAUUGGCUCCUGUUGGGAAGCUCAACGCUGCCAAACUGCAGCAGAGCUGGGAGAAAGAGAGGGAGAAGGGGCGGGGCAUCAGACCAGAGAGCCGCUACUAUUGGUUGAGUUGGUAUGGGGCGGGGUUUUCCUGACAGAAGGGCGGUGCUUCUGCGGUCUGCCUCAUUUCUCCAGAAGGAGCAGCGAUGACGGUUUGGAGCGAGGUGACAGUGACCGACUCAUAACGGAACCUCAGAACGGCACAGACCGCGGCCAAAGCGGGGCGAGCUGACGCCGACUGCCUUCAGGAACCGGCGGAAACCGGAUCUGACAGCUGCUGUGUUCGUGCUCUGCCACACCGGCAAGGAGCCGAUUGUCCUGGACUGAACUCCGGACGGAGUCGGCCUCUUCCCCCGGAGCUCCGCAGCACUUCUCGGGGGUUUGUUCUCCAUCGGCCGGCUCUGCUCGCUCUUUGCUUCCGCGGGAUGAGCUAGCAUGACCGCAUGAGGGCGGCUUUGGGGAACCUGCUGGAGCAGAGACGAACCUUCCGGAUCGGAAACGGUCUAUCUUUAUCUUUUUUUGUUUCCCGAGGCAUUUCCUUUGAUUCCAGAUGGAUUUUUGAACGUUUUACCGAAUUCCUUGGAAUAGUAUAUGGAUAUUCUGCGCUGAGGACACAAGUGGAAGGAACAACCUUGAGAUUUCCAGGCUGGAUUUUCUCCUGAAGGUUUCCAUUGAAGCCAUCGGAGACGAGGAGCCAUUUUGUCACCGCUCAUCAGUUUUCUCACGCUGGGAUUUACAUUAGUGACUCUAAUGAAAGGAUGCUGCAGGGUGCUGAAGAAGGACUGAGCCCCACCUGAGCCCCCUCCCCUCCGUCCCGUACCGGACUCUCAGAGCCGUCACUGCCCAUCAUGCACCUGCUGUGCCGCGGGCGCCUCAAGCUGCUGGUGGCGUCUCUGACCGCCGUCGUCCUGCUCACCUGGCUCUACCUGCUGGCAGGAAACCUGGAGAACGGUCGCUCCCUCCUCUUGGCGCCCUGUUUGCCCGACACCCCUGCCGCACAGGUCCUGGAGCGGGCCGUUCUGGAGUCGCGGGUCCGAGAGGUUGAGGAGGAGAACCGGCAGAUCAAGCUGCAGCUCAGCCAGUCGCAGGGCACCGCCUCCCAGCUUGCCGAGGGUAACUACGGCAACCAGCAGUGGGGCGCGUCUGCGGACACCGUGCCAGAGGAUGGCGACAACACGGCAGAGGAGAAGAACAACCACACGGACUGUCCCCGCUCGCCCACCGUCCAGAAGUGUGAGCUGAUCCAUGUAGCGUGUGUUUGUGCCGGUCACAACGCCAGCAGAGACGUGGUCACUCUGGUCAAGUCGGUCCUCUUUCACAGGAGGAACCCUCUCCACUUUCAUUUCAUCACGGACACCGUGGCCAGUCGGAUCCUGAGCUCCCUGUUCCAGUCCUGGAUGGUCCCAUCUGUACACGUCAGCUUCUACGAUGCAGAGGAACUCAAGUCCGAGGUGUCCUGGAUACCCAACAAGCAUUACUCAGGUAUUUACGGCUUGAUGAAGCUGACGCUAACCAAAGCAUUACCGUCCGACCUGGCAAAGGUCAUCGUCCUGGACACGGACAUCACCUUCGCCACCGACAUCGCCGAGCUGUGGGGCAUCUUCAAAAAGUUCACUGAUAAGCAGGUGAUUGGUCUGGUGGAGAACCAGAGCGACUGGUACCUGGGAAACCUGUGGAAGAACCACAAACCCUGGCCUGCGCUGGGAAGAGGCUUCAACACUGGUGUCAUCCUCCUUUACCUGGAACGACUGCGAAGAAUCAGCUGGGAGCAGAUGUGGCGCCUGACGGCAGAGAGGGAGCUUAUGAGCAUGCUCAGUACGUCGCUUGCUGACCAGGACAUCUUCAACGCCUUCAUAAAGCAGAACCCGGUCCUGGUCCACCAGCUGCCCUGCUUCUGGAAUGUCCAGCUGUCGGAUCACACUCGCUCAGAGCAGUGCUACACCGAGGUGUCUGACCUCAAGGUGAUCCACUGGAACUCUCCAAAGAAGCUCAGAGUGAAGAACAAACAUGUGGAGUUCUUCAGGAACCUCUACCUGACCUUCCUGGAGUACGACGGGAACCUGCUGCGAAGGGAGCUGUUUGGCUGCCCGAGCCAGGCCAGUCCGGAGAGCGUCCGGCUGCAGGCGGCACUGGAGGAGCUGGACGAAGACGAUCAGUGCUAUGACUUCCGGCGGGAGCGGCUGACGGUGCACCGCGUGCACCUGUACUUCCUGCAGUACGAGUAUACGCCCACUGAGGACGACACAGACGUCACACUGGUGGCUCAGCUCUCCAUGGACCGGCUGCAGAUGCUGGAGGCCAUCUGUAAGCACUGGGAGGGCCCCAUCAGCCUGGCGCUCUACAUGUCCGACGCCGAGGCGCAGCAGUUCCUGCGCUACGCCCAGGCCUCCGAGGUCCUCAAGAACCGCAAGAACGUCGGCUACCACAUCGUCUACAAGGAAGGUCAGUUCUACCCGGUCAACCUGGUUAGGAACGUGGCCCUGAGGAACGCCAACACACCCUACGUGUUCCUGACAGAUGUGGACUUCCUGCCGAUGUACGGUCUCUAUGAUUACCUCAGAAAGUCUAUAGUCCAGUUGGACAUGGCCCACACCAAGAAGGCUCUGGUGGUUCCAGCCUUCGAGACUUUGCGGUACCGCUUGUCCUUCCCCAAAUCCAAAGCCGAGCUGCUCUCCAUGCUGGACAUGGGGACGCUCUACACCUUCAGGUACCACGUGUGGCCGAAGGGUCACGCUCCAACCAACUAUGCUAAAUGGCGAACAGCAACCACGCCCUAUAAGGUGGAGUGGGAGUCGGAUUUUGAGCCGUACGUCGUAGUGAGACAGGAUUGUCCCGAGUACGACCAGCGCUUCGUGGGCUUCGGCUGGAACAAGGUGUCCCACAUCAUGGAGCUGGACGCUCAGGAGUACGACCUGAUGGUCCUCCCCAACGCCUUCAUGAUCCACAUGCCCCACGCGCCCAGCUUCGACAUCUCCAAGUUCCGCUCCAGCUCCAGCUACCGCAACUGCCUGAACACCCUGAAGGACGAGUUCCACCAGGACCUGUCCAGGAAGUACGGCGCCGCCGCUCUCAAGUAUCUCACUGCCCAGAGGAACAUCUAAACUCCAGAGAGCGGGGAUCAGAACCCUCAGGGCUCGGACACGUACUGACGCUGGGAAUCACCUCGCAGCAGAGAGCGGAUCUGGUGACACAGUAAAGCUUUAUGGGGCCCCUGAGCAUUAAUUCUCCAGUCGAAUCCACCAAGAAGGUGGUGAUGGGAGGGAUGAAGGACAAGGAUACAGACAGGCGUUGCUUUAGGGCAGGAAAAUAAAAAUAAAAACAUGGUUUUAAUUUGAUCUGACAAUCAGGGCUUUUUUCAGAGGACAUACUGGGAACCAGUCUGUCUGUCUGCAUGGACCCAAUGGGACCCGGCACUGCGGGGAGAACUACAUCUGUGAGGCCAGUCAAACUGGAGAAUGAUUUAAGCCUUAUCGAUUUCAUGACAUUUACAAAGAUAUUUAAUACUUUGAUUUGUUUUGCAUAAAUCUGAACCAAUGAUAGUGAAACAUUUGCAUUUAAAAGGUUUUGAUUAUGGCUUUACACGAUACAUUUUUCUUUUAUAUUUUUGGACCUCUUUAAGGAAAAGAAAAUCCGUAGUUUUAGUUAUAUGUUCUGUGCGCAUCAGGGACGUGCUUUUAAGUGUGUGUGAGGUCCAGCUGCUCCAUCGACACGCGUGCUGCUCGUCAUGCCUGCUUCGUCUUGCAUGUUAACAGUUGCACUACAGGUUCUUUUUAAGGCAGAAAACCCCGUUUUCAUCUCAUUAUUCAGGUUUCACCGCAGCAAAAAGAUGUUUUAACUGAACCGACUGGGACCAAUGCUGAUGAAUGACGUCAGAGGGAGUGGAAAAUGUAUUUAUUUGUUUUGAUGCUGUUCUGUCUGAGUCACUGGACAUUUGUGCCAUCUACUGAUCCGUUUCUACCCAUCAUCCUGCUGAUUUUUACAAGUCCAGCUGAAAUUAACUGAUGUCCUGCUGCCAUGUCAAAUUUCUUCACAUUAAAGGGAAUUCAGUGUUUUUAGCCCAAAUGAUUCAGUUACAACCUGGUCCUUUAAAUCAUUAUCUGCGAUGAAUCAUGGGAUCACAGUUCUGAUUACCGUAUGACCCACAGUAUCAAUAAUUCAUCUAAAUGGAACCUGUCUGACAACAUGAAGUAGGCUAACAGACCUCAGGAAGUAGCACAUCAUGCCCUGAUCUAAAGAAAUGCAGGAACAGAGGAAAAUUAAAGUUUCUGACCUUCAUCAACCAGGAAAGGGUUAGAACCAUUAAGAACCUUCUCAACAGCACAUCUAUUCAGGAGGACCCGGUAGAGCCCUGAACAUCUAAAGCUCUGCAGGUCUCACUGUCUCAGCUAAGGUCAGAGGUCAUGAUUCAACAAUAAAAAACAGACUGGGCAAAAAUGCCCUCCAUGGCGGAGUUCCAAGUCCAGAACCACUGCUGACCCAAAACAACACAAAGGGCUGUUUCAAAAAUAAUCUUGAUGAUCUGCAAGACCUUUUUGGAAGAUGUGGGUCUUGCUACAUCAGCUGUAAAACUUAACAUUAUAGCUACAGUCAAACCUGGUGGUGGCAGUGUGAUGCUCUGGGGACGGUUUACUACUCCAGCACCAUCUGUGAUAUUAAUAGAACCAUGAACAGAACCAUGAAUUCUGCAGAACACCUGAAUAUCAGACCAAUUACUUCAUCACAGAAAAAUUAUCCAAAACACACCAGCAACUCCACCUCUAAUUGGAGUGGCCUAGUCAAAGUCUGUACCUAGAUCUAACUGAUAUGCUGUACCAUGACACUUCAUGUUUAAAUACGCUCCAGUGUGGCUGACUUAAAACAAUGUGGGUCAGAACUCCUCCACAGUGAUGUUAAAGACUUGUUAGCGGUUACCUCAAACACCUGAUGGCUGCUGCUGGUGGAACAACCAGUUUUUAGGGCCACGGGGCCACAUUGGGUUGGAUAUGUUUCCAGCUAAUUGAUACUAUCUAGGUUAUGUUUGACACUUUUAAUCAUGGAAAAGAAGAAAUCUGUAAGGAAUCAACGUAAUUCCAGAUACGCACACACAGUCCGGAGUUACUGACCCGAUGAUCCGCCUUCUGGUACCACUUGGCCCAGUCUUGUUUCUAACGGUUCCUUUAGCUGAUCUCCUGAAGAUACCCUGGAAACAUUGACCCUACUUCGCCCUCAGAGCCUGAGAUCAAGAAGAGAAAGAUAAUUUGUCCUGAUUUAUAAACAGGUUUUAAUGCAGAUCAGGAAAACAUCUUAAUUUCAGAUGGACUUCAUGUUUUAGUUUUAUUAGAUGUAGAAAAGGUUGCAUUAAAUCCAUCAAAUGAUUAUGUCACUCUGACAUAGAUCUAAUCUAAUCAUUUGGCCUCCUGAUGAACUAAUCUGUUUAAAUUCAGACAUAUUUUGGUGUUUUGAAGCCCAGAUGUUUUAUGCGAGCUUCAUCUUGAUCUGCUAUCCUGGUUUUACUUUACUGUUCACCUACAUGUGAGUUAAAGACAUGCAUACAAGACGUGAUUCCCCUGCUAGAGAAAGCGUCCCAGUACCAAACACUGGAUCAUGUCUGAGGAUGGACCGGACCGUCACCAUGAAUAGCCCUGCUCCGUCCACGCCGCCUCCAUCCUUGUGUUGUUGAUUGUGGUAAAUGCUAGUGCCUUUUGCUGUAUUGUGAAACUGGUUAUUGAUUGUACAGUUGUACGGACGACGUGGCCUGGGGACAUUCAGGCGCUCUAUUUAUUAUUGUUGACUCAAAUCAAUCAUAUUUUUCUAUGUAAGUGCUUUAAAUAAAUUUGCCCUUUUCUAAUGA